AUCACACUCCUCCUUCAGUCCUUCCAGCCACGCACACACUGGCAGGGCAGCUGUCUGCAUUGGGUUGUACAGUAGCCUAUGCUGCCUGGGAUUGUUUUGAAACUACCUUUCCUUAAAGUCUGGCAUCGGACGGUGAACGAGGGAGAAAGAGAGAGUCCGAGAAGAGACGAGACGAGAUUUGUUUUGGUAAUCUUCUUACUGUGUAGCCGGAGGACAGAGAUGAUGGGGACCAAAGUGUGGAUUGCGCUUUGUGCGCUGCUACUCAUUAACUCGGGAUCCGCUGAUCAAAAUGGUGAAUUUGCUGCUGACUCCUCUGCUCCAAAAAGUGCUUCUAGUAGUCAGGCGGCUCCGACGGCUCCAGAGUCUGUACCCGGUUCUACCGUGGACCCCAUCAGUUCUACCACACUUUCCAAACCAAGUUCAAGAGACACCAGCUGUUUGAGCAGCAACACGACUACAAAAGGGGAAACCAUCUCUGCGACACCCGAACCAAAGAGAGUUAACGAUACCAAGACCCACUCUCCCUCAGAGGCUGCCCUUCCUGAAACCAAUGUGACUAUACAGCCUUCAGUCCCUCCUGAGAGCCACGCCCCGGCCACUGACACCCCCCUUACCCCCACCGCCGCCGUCCCCGCACCCACAACUCACCCUACCACUGUGGACACACCGACCACCACGCCACCCACAACACAUCCUGCUGCACUUCCACCUGACUCCAGUACCCCAUCAAACCAGCCCACUCACAACGUAACACACCCAUCCACUCCUGUCCCAACGCCAAAGCCUGAAACUACCACGACCACUGUCGUCGCCCAGGCCAGUUCAACAUCCAGCACCAGCUCCUCUCAAAAGCCCCCGAAUUCUGAGUCGCCGACGCUGACAUCUCCACGACACACUUCGCAGUCCGACGGGCAUCCUGAGACCUCCAGCGAAGCCCACCUAAAGUCCACCAUCAACCCGCCGAGCAGCCCCUCCGCGCAGGCCAAUCCCCGUGCUGAAACCCCCUCCCAGCUCAACGUUGGGGGAGACCCGACGAUGGUCCAUGACUCGCCCACAUUAGACCCCCUCCUGGCUGGCCUGGUGUCAGCCUUCAUCAUCACUGCUGUCAUCAUCACUCUGCUCCUCUUCCUCAAACUGCGCCAGAGAGACAACAGACCAGAGUUCCGCAGGCUGCAGGACCUACCUAUGGACGAUAUGAUGGAGGACACACCCUUGUCCAUGUACAGCUACUGAUGGAGGCAUGACUGAAAAAUGUUGGCGACCAAAUACUCUCCUUGAAUCCAGGCUGAUGCUGCAGCGGUUGCCGAACUUUCCUUAAUCUGCACCAAACAGAAAGAAUCCUGGGUAGGUGUGAGCAAACAUCUGGAUCGCUUCCAUUUUCCUAGCUCCCACUGACAUGUAGGAAAAAGGACAUGACUGAAUGGACAAUAAAGAUAUGGCCCAUGUUGGGGUCGUUUUCUUUUUUGCAAAAGUCCAUUUUGGUGCCUGUAAUUACAAAUUAGGCCCACGCCUCUGUUGAAUACUGUAUGCUUAAUAUUUUUCAGCCCAUGUUUUGGGGUGUGGGAGUUGUAUAAUAUAUUUGGAUUUCCCUAGCGUUGAAAAGGGUCGGUUUGAAACACACCUGGACACAGAUUCAGCCUGUCCUGCUAGACUCUUACCUGAGGGCACUCGUCUAAUUAGUGUUAAAAAGUCUGGCACCCUAAGAGGCCAGAUAAAAGAAAUGAACAUAAGAAAUGGCCUGAUUAUAGUGUUAAAAAAGUUGCACUUUACUUUUUCAGCAGUGGAAAGAAAUGGACAAAUAUGUUUGUGUAUGAGAAAAAGUUUUGCGUGCAUACGUAAGUGCAGGCAUAGCAGUGUGUACGUUUGUAGGUGUGUGUGAGUCUGUUAAAGAAAGGUGCAUGUGUGGAUUUUUGAAGGCAUGGCAGGAGAUAUGUAAGUGUUUUCUCUUUUUUUCUGUUUCUGUGUUGAAGGUCCUGCUGCCUCUUGGCCUGAUUUUGAUAUGUGCAGUGUGUGUUUUUUGUUUCUUUCCUGGAGUUUCAUGUCCAGGAGAGAGUGCCUUACACAGUAUAGGAACAGCUCUUAUUGUAUACUGUAUUUAUAUAUUCAAACCAACUAACUCCCAGAUUUACAAGUCAUUCCCGGUGCUUUGUGCGAUACCCAUUUAAACACACUCAGGGCCAGGGAGCUGCUCUGACUUGCCCCUGUUUGAACACUAGCCUUGAGCGUGUUCACCAUUAGGCUCUCAUUCAUACAAUGACAGUUGCAGACUAAAAUUGGCCAGUGGCCUUUCCACACAAAGUUGGCAUUGUCCUGUGCGUUGUAAAUACUACUGAUUGCAUCAUGCAAAGACAACUUUAUGAAACUCUUCAUCUUAGUUCUUGCUUUCGUGUUCACCAGUCACAAAACACACAAACCUAUUGAAGAUGUUACAUGGACUGACCUGACAGCACCUUGUUCUCUCACAAGGCACGUUCACAAAUAUCCCGUUGAUUAUGCUGUGCAUUAGCCUCGCUGUGUAUUUGCUCUGCAAACGUGCAGGAGAAUCGGAGUGGAAAUGAGAUACGUACAUGAUGAAAGGAAAAACCCACGUCAAUAGAAAUCAAUUGUGUCUUGUGUUUACUAUAUAUGCCAUGAAUAACAGAUGGGUGACAAAUUGAAGGGAAAUCAGCAUAAAAUGUCUUAGUAAGGCGUUGGGCCACAAAGUGAGAGUCUUCAGAGGGCUUCAUUGCAUAUUAUAUAAGUCUCUACUGGAGGGAUAAACACCUAAAGUUAUUCCCUUUUUUGAGGUUUUGAACCCACGUUUUUUCCUUUUGUCACCCGUCUGUACAUCCAGUUCUAAAUUAAUACACUUGAGAUUUCUGAUAUUACUGUUAAAAAUUGUAAGUAUCCUGAAUGCAUAAUGAGGCUUUGCUGGCAGAUGUGGAAUAUUGACUGUUGGGUGUUUUAUGAUUAAAAGUAUUUUGAAACCAUC